AUGAAAAUUGACCAUACCGGAGGGUUUCAACAGAAUAAUGAAAAAAAUGUUGAAGCUUCAUAUCACAUCGCCUUCAUGGUGGCUCAGCAAAAGAAACCCCAUACCUUGGAUGAAACAUUAAUUAAACCUAGUAUACUUAAAGCUGUUGAAAUAGUAUUUGGUGAAGAAAGCAAAAGUAAAAUAGCUCAAAUAUCUCUUUCAAAUAAUACAGUGAAACGACGUAUAGAUGAAUUAGCUUUGGGCAUUAAAAAUCAGUUGAUUCAUAAAUUAAAACAUUCCGUAUUCUUUGCAAUCCAAUGUGAUGAAUCAACUGAUGUGGCCAAUUGUUGCCAGCUAUUAGUUUACUGUCGUUUUAUAAAUGAACAGUCCAUCGCAGAAGAACUUCUAUUUUCCAAUGCUUUAAAUUCCACCUCAAAAGGCAGCGACGUUUUGUCUGCCAUUGACAUAUUUUUUGAUCAGAAUGGUUUGUGUUGGAAAAAUGUUGUAGGUGUCUAUACAGAUGGUGCUCCUGCAAUGCUAGGGUCAAGAUCAGGUUUUGUAAGCCUAGCAAAAAUAAAAACCCGUCAAUAA